GGAGGAGGCGGAGGCAGAGGAGGAGGAAGUCGGAAGUGCAUCGUACCCGGGUCUGUCCGGGCGUUGAGGGAUUGAGGCCUGGGAACGCUGGGCCCCCGGCAGCCGAGAAGCCGGUGACUGGGCUGAGCGGCACCAUCCCAGCCCUGGGGCCUGCUGACUGCCCAGUGCCGGCCUCACCUGCAGCGAACCCGGAGCAUUGCUAUCCUCCACCGGACUGUCAGGCUCUGCGCGCCCCGCGGAGGUCGGCGGCGACCAGCAGCGACUGCGGAGCGACGGCGGGCGGCCCCGGGCAUGUACGCCCCCGGAGGCGCAGGGCUGCCCGGCGGGCGCCGGCGGAGGAGUCCGGGAGGCAGCGCUCUGCCCAAGCAGCCGGAGCGUAGCCUGGCCUCGGCCCUGCCUGGCGCCCUGUCUAUCACGGCGCUGUGCACUGCCCUCGCCGAGCCCGCCUGGUUGCACAUCCACGGAGGCACCUGUUCGCGCCAGGAGCUGGGGGUCUCCGACGUGUUGGGCUAUGUGCACCCGGACCUGCUGAAAGAUUUCUGCAUGAAUCCCCAGACAGUGCUGCUCCUGCGGGUCAUCGCCGCCUUCUGUUUCCUGGGCAUCCUGUGUAGUCUCUCCGCUUUCCUUCUGGAUGUCUUUGGGCCCAAGCAUCCUGCCCUGAAGAUCACUCGUCGCUAUGCCUUCGCGCAUAUCCUCACGGUCCUGCAGUGUGCCACCGUCAUUGGCUUUUCUUAUUGGGCUUCUGAACUCAUCCUGGCCCAGCAGCAGCAGCAUAAGAAGUACCAUGGAUCCCAGGUCUAUGUCACCUUUGCCGUUAGCUUCUACCUGGUGGCAGGAGCUGGUGGAGCCUCAAUCCUGGCCACGGCAGCCAACCUCCUGCGCCACUACCCCACAGAGGAAGAGGAGCAGGCGCUGGAGCUGCUCUCAGAGAUGGAGGAGAAUGAACCCUACCCGGCGGAAUAUGAGGUCAUCAACCAGUUCCAGCCACCCCCUGCCUACACACCCUAAUGCCAGCCUUGGGCUCUCUUCCUCAGCAGCCCCUCCCUCAACUCUGCAGCUCCUCUCGCACCCAGAGGAGCUCCUUUCCCCAGCAGGCCUCACUGGUAGGAUCCUGACCAUCUUCUCCAAACCUUCCCCAGGAGAUACUCUGCCUUUAGGGUCAUCCAAGUAUCCCUGCUCUCAGAACCGGAGGUCCACUGGUUUUCUAUAAUGUACUCUUUCCUUCCUGCCACAUGCUGCCCCCUUCAUGUUCACGAGUCAUUACCAGCCAGGGAAGGUCAUCCAAGUUUCCUCCAGCAUGGGCCAUAUCUUUGGGACCGAGACUUUCCUUGGAGAGCUGCUGAGAGUGGACAGUCCCAGAAAGAAGUGUCAAAGGGCCCAAGGGAAAGGGGACUGUGCCCUGCAGGCUCACUUCACAGGGAUCAGUGUUUGCUCCACAGCUGUAGCUCUGGGCUGAUGCCCCCCAGACCCCGUCCUUCUCGGAGUGACCCGCCCCCAGGCCACCUGCUCCGGGGAGUUCUGUGCACUUUACUCUUUGGACUUCUUCUCAUGUGUGCCCUGGUUUAUGGGGAGAGGGAAUCGCUAUUGGGAAGGCAGAGCAGUUGCUACCCUCUCUGCCCUUGCUUCAUGUGGCUGGAACCCAGGCAAGGAGAGCAGGAGCCAGCGUGAGACUGAGGCCCCCUGGUGCCUAUCAAGGACCAGAGUGAAGGGGACUACAUCUCCCAGCCCUUCACCUUUUAAAUGUGAGUGGUUUUAAAAGGAAAAAAACGAAACCAGGCAACAGCAACAAUAUUCUGUUUUUAAAAUAGGGACAAGACUUGUCACUUUUUAGACAUGUAUCCCAUUCCUUUUGGCUCUGCAAUAUUUGGGGCUGUAGCUCCUUCCAAGCCUGUGGUAGUCCCUCCCCGAGUCUCUCCCAGUAGAAUGCAGCCUCCCUUCCCUGGCCCCUUCCCUCCCAGUGACGGUGGCUCCCGGGGGCCUUCUCGUAGAACCCAGAGGGGUUGAGGACUGUGGCCUGGCUGGCGGGCCAGCGUGGUGCUCCUCAGGACUGCAGCACUGAGAUGGAACCUGGCCUCAGUUUAGGAACAGGGGCCACAACAGGACAGGAACCCACCACCCUCCACAUAGGAAUACAACCAGUGGGGCCCUGUCACGUGAGGCGUCAGACUCACCCUAUCAGCCCAGCAGGCCGGGCUGUGUCCUUCAGACCCAGUGCUGCCCUAGACUCUGACUCGGGACUCCAGCCUGCCGCAUGCCCUCUCCUGUCUUGAAUGUACUCUGGUCUUGCAGUGUGCUGCUGAGACUUUCUUGCUCAGCCAUCACUCUGGCCACCCUGUUUGCUCUGGGUAUGGCUGAACUUUCUGCCCUGAGUUCUGGGCAUAAAGUGGAUGAAACUUGAAAGACCUUCAGUGUAGAUCCAGAUGGCCAACCUGUCCUUGUUAAGUUACUUGCUUCUUGGGAAUCAGUGUCCAUUGCUGAGCUGAAAAGGAAAUGGAUUCCAAUCUCUUCCAACCUUUAAGGUGAUAGUUUGAGCAAGACUGGAGAAUGGACAACACUAUGAAGCUGUGGCUAGAAAGGGACUGUCAUGUCCCAUCCUUUGGCCAGAUUGACUGGGGAUGUCUGGACAGAUGCCUGCAUGGGUGGCGAGGGCCACAUCUGCACACGAGCCGGUGGCUGCUUGCAAUUCACUGCUGUGAUGCCAGAGUGUGUUCAAAAGUGACUCUCCUGCUCUUCUGGACUCUUCUCUCAGGCAAGAAAGGCUGCCGGCUGCCUGCUAUGUGAUGCCUGAGCACAAAGCCAAGGAGCUGAACUAAGUCUGUUAAGUCCUGAGUUUGUCAUUGGCGGGUUUACUUGUGGCCAGCUUUCUCUGCCCUUGGGUGUCUGAGCAGGCAGACCAGAAGACCAGGCACCGGACAUGCAUGCCAAAGGGAGCGGUCAUCUCCUGAGGACCUGUACAUGACCCUGUGGACUGUUCCGCACGAUCUGGAACCCACUUUUUAUUCACUCCCCAUGUCUCUGACCUUCCUCUUCUUUCUCUUUUCCUCUGCCAUCCUGACACAGAUAGUUUGUCAUAUAAAUUCCCCUGGUUGUUUUUUUUUUUUCUAGAAAAAAAUUAAAAAGGAAAACAAAACCAAAAAACCAGAAACCACGAAUAAGAAUGGAAAUGACAAUGGCUGCCUGUCAUUUUUCUGUCACAAUUUUCCUGAUUUGGUUUGUUCCCUUCGUCUCAGAGAAGCAGGAGACAUUGAUGAGGCUGUAAUUUUUUUUCUUUUUCUUUUUUUUGAGACAAGAGUCUCGCUCUGUCACCCAGGCUCGAGUGUAGUGGCAUGAUCUCAGCUCACUGCAACCUCUGCCUUCUGGGUUCAAGCGAUUCUCCUGCCUCAGCCUCCCGAGUAGCUGGGAUUACAGGUGUGCGCCACUAUGCCCGGAUAAUUUUUUUGUGUUUUUAGUAGAGACAGGGUUUCACCAUGUUGGCCAGGCUGAUCUGGAACUCCUAACCUCAGGUUAUCCACACACCUUGGCUUCCCAAAGUGCUGGGAUUACAGGCAUGAACCACCGUGCCUGGCCAAAGAUGUAAUUUAAAAUAGUUAGAAGGGACUUGGCAUGGGCCAGCUCCGUGCAUGGCAUUUUCACCCCCAGAGCUUCCUAAUCACACAGGAAGUUUCUAGGUCUUUCUAGAACAGCUAGAAAUAGUAGCUGACUCCUGCCCAAGGCCCUACCUUCAAACCCUGAGCUCUUCAGGCUGCGUCCUCUGGUGAGCUAUAGAAGAGAAUGCGGCUUCUGAACUCUAGCCAUCCUGUGGGAGGAAAUAGACUUCUUUGGGCUGUGGCUUGCAGAACAAACUACACUUUUUUUCCCUCUAUUUUUAAAAUUUUAUUUAAUAAUUUGUGUGUUUUUCUCUCUUUCUGUAUUUCACGUUUUCCUUCACUCCCUAGAAACUGCACUUUCUUUGAAAUCAUAGGCAAUGAAUCUUACUAGGAGAGGCAUGGGGAUAGAGACAGUUCUGGGAGUGUGACCUGUAAGCCUCCUGUAGGGCAGUGCCAGGCCUUGAUUGCCCACAUUCUCUCCAUUCCUUCUUCCUUCAUACAUUCGGUCACACAGCCUACACCCAGCCCCGAGUGUGCAUCACGGUAAAAGAGCUGAGGGCUCUCUUCAGGGAGCAGCCCAUUUAGGCCUCUUUUUGUUGUUGUUAGGGAGAAUACACAUCUUUCUUGGAA